AUGCUUUUCUCGGGCAGCGCCGCUGCAGCGCCUGUCAAGAAAAAAGACGAAAAGAGACGCGAAAGAAACGAACGAGACGAGAAGCACGAGCUCCAAGAGAAUGUUUUCGUGCGUUGGGUGGGGAUCAUUUUGGGCGAUGAGGCGCCUCGAGAGCCAAGGGAGUUGGCCGAUCCGAACAUUGUCGCCAAAGCGAUCAGCCGAAUCACCGGCAAUGCAGCGAUCAGCGCCCCAUCUCGCUACGAAUUCUUCCAGACGAUCAUCAACGAGUUAGGCGUUUUCGGGACAAAACUAACACCCAGCGAGUUGACGGAACACUCGCAAAAGGCGGUUCUCCAAAUGUGGUGGUGCAUUCUGCACUUGUACUGGCAACGUAUGGCCCCCGAGCCGUUGAAGCGGGAAAAAGUGCAAGACGCGAUGCGAAUGUGGUGCAUGGAUGUGUGCAAAGCUUAUCCAGAAGUUAACGUCAACGAUUUCACGUCAUCGUGGCGCGACGGGCACGCAUUUAACAUUUUGCUGCACAACUUUGAUCCAAAACUCGUGAAAAUGUCGGAAAUCAGCGAAAUGAGCGGCUUGGAACGGAUCGAAAACGCGUUUACUGUAGCUGAGAGACUCGGGGUGCCACGAUUGAUGAACAGUAGAGAUCUUCACAGCGAAUUCUUGGACAGUCGCUCGGUGGUCGUCUAUUUAGUGUCUUUGUAUUUGACGCUACAAGGGAAAAGUGAAGAACAGAGGCAAAUCCAAGGACAACGAGUGACUGGGCCAGCUUUUGGACAACCUCUCCCCGAUCCUCAUUCUCUACCAUUGACAAAUCCAGAGCCACUCUCGUUACAAGGGCAAAUCAUCGAAGAACAGCCGUCUCACUCUCUGGCGAUGUCUCAGCCAUCAAGUGCCGGACAACAGGACGAGCCAACCGUUGAGAAAACCUUUCAUUUACCAAUCUUGCCAGAGCCUUUCGUUUCGCAGGUACAGACAGUGGCCCUAUCGACUGAUUUGAGACGUGAAAAGCAGCCAAAACAACAGAGUAUCGACAAUCCGACAAAUGAGGUCGAAUCAAUCCGUUCUCGAAAAUCCUCGUCGUCAAGUCAAAAAUCAUCGAAAGGAAAGAAAAUGAAAAAGGACGAGUUGGCGAAAGAGUUCGACUCGUGCUUGGAACAGGUGCUCGCCUGGUUGCUCGAGGCUGAGGAGGAGUGUGCGGUCCUAUCCGAUGUGGAAACAAACGAUGUGACGGCGGUGAAGACGCAAUUCAGGGACUACGAGCAAUUCAUGGCUUCGCUCACCGAGAGUCAGGACACCGUCGGACGGGUAUUGCAUCGUGGUCAACUCCUUUGCCAAAAAUCGGAGACCGAGGCUGAACGCGAGGCGAUUCAGCAACAGCUUGAGCUGGUCAAUUCGCGUUGGGAAAGGCUACGGGCGCUGGCUAUGGAUCGUCAAACGGUACUUCAAAGCGCGCUCACCACUCUCCAACAGAAGCAAUUGAAUGAGAUUUGUGGUUGGAUGGCUGAUACAGAGACGUUGAUCACGGCGGCUGGUGCUUUAGCUGAGACACAAGACGCUGCAUUGAAACAGAUCGAAGACCACGCUCGGCUACAAAAACGAAUCGCUGACUUUGAGCCGACUGUUGCCCAGCUGAGCUCGUUUGUAGCUGUGGUUGACGAAGGUGAAACAGAAAGCGAUAUGUCGGUGGCCCAGCUGGAGACCACUUUGCGAACGGUUGGACAAAGAUGGGAAGGGAUAUGCUUGUGGGCUGAGACUCGAGCACAGCAUCUCGAUGGAUUGGCUGAGUUGUUUGACACGGCUGAUGAGGUGUUUUCAAGGCUGAAUGCUUGGUUGAAAGAGCGGGAACAUGAACUACUCGGCCUCAAAUCCGCGCAUCAUCUUGACGAGCGCGAGCAAGUCGCUGAACAGGUUCGUCUCCUUCAACAAGCUGAAGCGUCACUCGAAGCUGAACACUCAUCUUUCGUUCGAGCUAGUCAACUCAGUUGUGAACUGGUGGCAAGGCUUGACACGGGAAAUGGAGCGGCGGCAAACGAGGUUCGCCGUCGUUUGGACACGCUCACACAAAGAUGGGACAAUCUAGUCACAAGAAUCGAGGAGCAUUCGAAUACGUUAGUAAAAAGCGGGAAAGCUGGUCUGAAAAAGCCCGAUCUUUCGAUUGAAACGCCGAUUGAAACGCCAAUUCAAGCAGAAUCCGAGGAAAAGAAGAGAAUCGAGGAAACUGAUACAGAAAACGUCAAAUAUCCAGAAGAAGAGACUUUGAAUCAAGAUAUUGUCGAUCGUUUCCUAGCGCACGUGGAGCGAGUUUCCACCGAAAUGCGCCCAUUAUCCGAUUGGUGUCACGCGUUUACGCUAAGCAAAAGGCCGACUGAGGCUCGAAAAAUGAUUGCACUUUGUCAGGGGAAACUCGUCGAGAUUAAAGAACAAGAGGCAAAGGUGAAUCAUUUGCAACUCGAAAUGGAGCGAAUCCACAUGAACAAAGAUCUCUCGGCCGGGCAACUCAAAGCCGCCAACGACGCUUUUGCUCAUUUUGCAAAGGAUUGGGCCGAGAUUGUGACCAAGAUCAGCGAAGCGUUGAACGUUCUCUCGGGUCACUCCGAUGGUGACGAGGAAGGAGUGGUGGCGAGAGGGAUCGAGCAAUGGAUGGAGGGAUGUGAGCGGGUACUCAACGAGAUGCAGAAAGCGUCGAUUUCCGAGCGAGCUCUGCGCGCAAAAAAGCUCAAAGAGCAAUGGGACACACAGAAUUCGAAUCUCAACUUUAUCCAAAAGGAUCAUCUCAAACGAGCCAUUCUCACGAAGGGAUUGCAAUUGAUUGGGAAACGUUUACAACAACAUAUUGCUUUCGAGGCACCGGUAACUCCCACCUCGUCAGUGAUGAUGACUUCAAGUGUUCAGAGUGCUCCCGGAGCUGAGCCACGGUUGAAAGAGCUAGAAACAAGCUUGUCCGGUCCCUGGCACUCGGUGGGCGAUUUGCGACAUUUGCGCGAUGAUUUCGCGAAAAUCGAGAAGCUCACACAGACGCUGAAGGGGGAGAAACUCCCGAUCGAUUUCGUUGAAAUGGCGGAAAAGCGACGCGCCGAGACGUUGGAGCGAUUGGAAAUCACGCAAAAAGCAGCAGAAAUGAUCGAGAAAGCGCAGAUUGGACUCGAUCGAAUCUCAUCAAAAGUCGAGUCCGCUUCAAACUCGACCGACGAUUUCCCGGCGGUGAUCGCUCGUUUGAAUGGAUUGAGAGAAGAAUUGGCUGCAGAAGAAACAUUGAGAAAAGAUGCGGAGAGAUUGGCUGAGAAGAUGCUUUUAAGGGAUCCGGAUUUGGAUCAAGAUAUCACAGCCGCUUGGCGUGCCCGGGUGAACAAGUUGGCGGAAGAUUGGUCAAAGCUGGCCGACUCGAUCGAGGACACGAUCUCGUGCGUGAAGAAAGAGCACAGGAUGAGUGUGCAGAAAGCAAUCAAUGACGGUGAUCGAGUGCUAAAAGAUCUUGAAAAGACGCUUGUCGAGAGUGAAUCGGCUGCUGAUGCAGAGCAAUUGAGUGAACACCUUGAUCAAAUUGAGAGCCUACUCGAGCAAGUGCCUGACACGAGUGGACUGGAGCCAGUUGUUGAAGCGAUCAACGAAAACUUCGUCCGGGACAGCUGGCAAAGACACAGUGCUAGUAGAGAGAAGAUUCAGGGAAAAGCAAAAGAGAGAAUCCAACAAAUCAACGAUAGAGUUCAUCAGUGUGAGAGAUUUGAUCAAAUCGCUGGUGAACUCGAGAAAUGGGCACCACGUUUCUCAGCUUUACUCGCGGCAAGGAAAGGAGCUGAUAUCUCAGCACUUGAUGUCCCCGAAGAGUACAAGCAUUCUUUUGAAUCGGGCACUUUGAUUACGGCAAUGCAAAAUGAGUUCGACGAGCAAACGAAAGCCAUUGGAGAGAUGAGGGAAAUCGCGGGAAAAGAGCAGAAUGAACGAUUAGAUGAACAGAUGAAACAUGCUGAGAAAACGUUCGCCGAUCUCGCGCCACGUUUCGCCACUUUCAAGCAACCCGUACACUUCGAGGGAAAGCUAGAGAAGUGCACAGAGAAACUCACACAAAUCGAGCAUUCACUCGAUGAACUAACAGGCUUAAAACUCGAGUCAAUCGAAAGCGGAUUGUUGGAGGCGAAGAAUUCAGUGAAAGAUUUGAUUUCCCUGGACGAGACGUUGAAAGAUCUCGACACAGGACGGGAGAGAUUGCUGCGAGAUUCGAUUUUAAACAAAAACGAAGCCACCGAAGUCAAGGCGAAGCUUCAAAUAGCGAAGAGGAAAACGAAAGAGCUCGGCCUUAGAGCUGAGGAAGCCGUUGAUCGACUCGAUGAUUGCAAGAUUUUAGCUGAAAAGCUGAAAGACGAGAUGGGAAAGGUCGAUAAAAUGUUAUCGUUGAUGGAGAAUCGUUUGGAAGAGUACGGUCGACAAGAGAGCAAUCUGGAAGAAGACAAAAUUGAGGAGAUGGUCAAUGAGUGGAAUCGAAACGAAGCCAUCGUCCGCUCAUUGGAAGAAUUGGAGAGAGUGCUGAAAUCGAAAGCGAUUGACAUUGAGACAAGGACGGGAAGCGGGGAAAGAAGAAGACGGGCGCAGGAGUUGAAGACCCGUUUGGACGCUUGGAAUUUGACGGCUCGCGAAAUGAACGACGAUCACGAGAGUCUACUUUUAGAGGUCGACGAAUUGCACGAGGAUUUGAUGAAGAAAUUGGACGACGCUGAGAAAGAGGACGAUCCAAAAGAGAUCGCCUCUAGACUCCACUUUUUGCGUCACGAUCGUGAUCGGCUUUCGUCAAGGGCGCGACGCUUGGCGAUGCUCAAUCCACGAUUGGCUCAGAGUGAUCCCGUAGCCGACGUGAACUCUCGAUGGCAUCGUCUAGAAGAAAGAAUGGAAACGGAAAGUGGUGACAUUCAUCAACCACCGCCUCUUCCACCACCACAUCCACCGCAUCAAUCUUUUGAGGACGGAGUGAAGAGAUUAGCGGAAAGCUUCGAUGUGGCCGUUAAAUAUUUGGAUUUCGACGAGUACCCAGUGCGGAAUGCGAACGAGUGGCGGGAUCGGGUCAAGGCAUCAGAGGAAUGGAUGUCAGCUCGACGUGAGGCUUUAUCUGAAGUAGUCGGUGAUGGGAGACGGUUAGCUGACACAGGAAGAAUGGAGCUGGAUACACAUCGAGCAAUCGAGGAGCUAGAUAACGUUAUUGAUACAGCCAAUGAGUUCGAAUCGGAAAUCGAGCGAAAUCGAGGCGACGUCGAUAUAGCCAUUGAGAAAAGCGAGGCGCUUCAGCGAGAUCUACGAUUAAUGAAAGACGUGAUCGAGAGCCUUUCCAAGCGGAAUCUUCAAGAGCCCGAGAUCGUUCAGGCAACGCGAAAAGAUCUCUCGUCCAGAGAUCCCCAACUUUGCUCUCUAUCAAGGCGAGCUGCCGAGUUGCACGCAUCACUGCCGGGCAGAUCAUCCGCUUCUCGUGACACUACUCUGGACGCUUUAAAUCAAGGCCUUUCCUCAUUAGAAUCAAUUCUCGCGGGAUCUGACCGGAGAGAGAGAUCGGGAAGAGACGAAGCGAAAGAGGAAUUGGAGGAGUUGGAGACGAGCUUGAAGAACGAGAACGAGCUUCAAACGUCUCCUGAUCGAACCUCGAGAAGUAGUGUGGGCAAUUCGUUGGCCAUGGAAGUGAUGUGCACGGAUCAAGGGACAACCACCGAAGACGAGACGCUUUCAAGGGGAGAACAAGGCGACGCCGAGAUCAAGGUUGACGCGGAUCGUCGCACAGAGUCGAUCGACGUUCCGAUUGAGUUCGUGGAUGCGGCAAGGAUCAAGCCGAUCACUUUGGGAGUGGAGCUUGAUGUUGCAGAGCAGAAAUCUUUCGAUUGGAUACUAAAAUUCGAUGAAGGGGAAAUGAUUUUCGAGAGAGGGGAAAGUUUAGAAGAGUGGGCGAAGAGCACAACACCGGUCGAUCAACAAUCGGGGUUGCAUGGAGGCAACGUUGCGCAAGUGAGCGCCGAGACUCCGGCAGGUCCUCGAGAACGGAAAGUUGAGUCUUCGGGAAAUUUGAGUCUAGAGAAUAGAAAUGAAUCAGUUGGGCUUCGGGAAGUUGAGCGAGUGAAUCGGGGUGAGGCUGUAGUUCAGUCUGGAGUUCGGAAAGCGAAUGAGUUCAAUCAGGAUCAGCCUCAGGCUAAGGCUAGAGAUCGAGGACAAGCUGCGGAAUUGAAUCGAGAGGCUUCAGAAGUUGGGGAAUUGAAUCGAGAGACUCUAGAAGAAUCAAUCCAAGUCACAGUACCACCUGGGGACACCUCUAUGAUCCCGAAAGAGUCAUUCGAAGGAGAUGACGGAUCACUGUCAGUCAUUCACUACGAAGAUAACCUCUUUCCAAUCAGUGAGCCGGAGAAUGAGAACGUUUUGGGCACAGUCGUUAAACCGUUGCCACCAUUGGAGGGAUCGGCUAGCUUUGCGACAAGAGAGUUGAGGAAACGAGACGGUGGAGGGGCUAUUAAACCCGAGCCAAAGCGUUCCCGGGCGGAGUCAGCGACGAAACACUCGAAAAUCGCGUCGAUGAGUAUGGAAGAGGUUUACGAGCUAUUGGACAAUAUUGAAGACGGUUUAUCGUUCGAGGAGGAGUACCCGCUGGAGAACGUGGACCACGAUGAUAAAGAGUAUAAGGAGAUGCACAAACAGCUUGAUGAGGCUGCGAGAGCGCUAGAUGUAAAUCAAAUGGAGCUGAACAUGAUGCAAGCUGAGCACACAAAAGAACGAAUUGAUUCCCUGAGAAAAGAUGUAGAGGAAAGGAAGCGAAAAUCUCAUGACGAGAGAAAAGAAUGGCACGAUUUCUCAAAGUGCCUAGUGGAAGCUGAGCGUCUCUUCCAAAAGGGAGUCCGACUCAGCGGCGAAUUCGAGCGGAAAUACGAGAGUGGAGACAGGGAUUCGACGAAAGCCAAGGAAUUGCUCGAGAGGAUUUUGAGGACGAUGAAUCGCUCCGAAGUAGCUGUUUGUGAGGUUGUGCGUCGAGUGGCCGGGGUUUUACCGAGAAUGCGUGAAGGUGGGAAAAGAGAGACUGACACGAGGACCACUGUAUAUUCUUUGGAUCAACGAUUCGCUGAAUGGAGUAGAAAGGCUCGCGUCCUUUUGGACAAAUCGGCUGUGGAUGUUGAGGCGCUGAAAUAUCAGCUAAAUGGCAUCAAGAAUUGGUGUGAUUUGGUGGAAACCGAGCUGGGUGAACCGGUGCAUUGGGCACAUUUAGAAAUGGUCGAAGAGCAGAAAGAGAAGUUAUCCAAGCGUCUCUCCGAAAUGGCAGUUCAUCGUGCUUCAAUGUCUCACGUUGAAUCGUGCAAGGAUCGUCUCGUUCUUUUGCCAACUGUCGAUCAAGAGAUUAAGCACGAGAUGAGAAGAGCUGUCUCCGAUGCUGCAAGAAGAUUGGCUGAUAUCCGUUCCGAUCUCUCGGAUCGUGUGCGUGGCUUGGACGAGAUGAAAGUGAAAGCGGAAGAGGUUUGGAGAGAAGUUGAGACUCUCGAACAAAUGGCAAAAGAGAUCGAGCGUCGGGUUGAGGCGACAAAAGAGGCGGUCAUCUAUACGCCAUCUCGAGAAAGCACUGCUUCUGUCAAAAAUGAUGCCGCUGAUUUGCGACAAGCGGUUAAUAAAUUGGAGAAAAUUUUGGAAAACGCUGAGAAAGAUCGUCCAAAUAUGUUGGAAAAGCAUAAAAAGAAAAUCUCUGCCGUAAUCUCGAUCUCGAGGAACGCCGCGUCGGCAGCCGACUCGUUAGUGCUUCGGGAAAGUUCCUCCGCGCAAGAGUCCUCUGAAAUGAGCCUCUCGACGGUGAUCGAGGUUUCCGAGAGAUCCGAGAGAUCCGAAUUGACGGCCCAGCAUCGACCAGGCUCAAGCAUUUCGGCUGAAGGCACGCUUGAUGCUCCAUCGGAUCGAGUGGAAUCACUGCACGAUGAGGUGCACACAUCGGAUGAGGAUGAGAGCACGGAGAGAUCGCAUCGACAAAGGAUUUCAGCAACCGGAUCGCCUUCAGCAGCCGGCCCUCCAUUACCCGACCAUGGCCUCCUCCCACCCCGUGACCAACACGCAAUGCAAACGUUGACUCAACUUGGGCUAUGGCUUGGAGAAGUGGAAAGAGACGCGGGAAUGGCUGUUGAUUUGGCUUCUCAUCAAAAGAUUAAGGAACAGAUCAAUAUUUUGCAGACCCUUCAAGAGCAACUCCGGCAACGCCAAAUGGAGCCAAUAAACGUUUCUGAUGGAACGAUGACGUCUGUGGUGAAGCAACGGGCAGCUGAUCUGUGCACAAGCAUUGAACGAGUCAGCGCGGCUAGUCAAAAACGAAGGGCACAUUUGGGAAAAGCUGUGGAAACGGCGAAAUGGUUAGAGCAAACGAGAGGUGGAGUCGAGUUGUGGAUGGCGGGAGCUGAGGAGGAUUUUGGCACUCGUGCACCAAUGGAGUCCAACGAAGAGACGGUGAGGGUCGAGCUGGGCCGAGUAGAGUCAAUCCUUGAGCAGUUACCCCAACAGAAGCAAAAGAUUCACGAAAUCAAUAUAAAGGGAAAUGCUUUAUUGGACGAGUUCCCAAGAGACGAAGCUCACAAUUUGUCUCAUCUUCUUUCCCGUUUGAACAUGCGAUGGACUCAGUUCAACGAUAAUAUUCGUAUCCGCCGAGCCGCCCUCGAGGCAUCACUCCGAUCGAGAGCCGAUUUCCAUUCGGCGCUAGCGGAAGUCGAGGAAUGGAUGCACCGGAUUACCGCCAGUUUGCAGAAACUCGAGAAACGCACGAGCAACACUCAAUCGUUGAAGGACACGCAAAGGAGGAGAGAGUGGAUACAAGCUGAGAAGAACCUCGGCCACGAGAUCGACGCCCAUUCGGAAGUGAUUCGAUCAGUAGAAGAGAUGGGGAAGAAAAUCGUGGCUGGCUUUGAUACAGGAAAGGAUCAACAGACAAUGGAAGAUCGUUUGAAUGAUUUGGAAACGAGAUGGACGGGCAUCACGCAGACACAGGCUGAAAUCAGGAAGCGGCUGGCCGAUGCGGAGCAAGAGUGGGAACGAUUGACGAACGGGUUGGCCGAGUUGGUUCACUGGAUUGAGACAAAGAGUAAACAGCUCCUGAACCAGCAACCCAUUGGCGGCUCGUUGUCGGCGGUGCUGGCACAGGGUGGUUUCGUAAAGAAUAUAGAGAGAGAAAUCGAGGCCAAAUCCCCGCAAGUGAAAGAAGUGAUCGCCUCGGCGCAUUCCUAUUUGAUGCAACAUGAUUUACGGCCGAAAAUGUACAAACCCGGAGUGCUAGACGACGGGGAAGAGGAGGCGGAGACGAAAGACAUGGACGAGCGCCGCUACGGACUGCAGAUUCACGCGGAUUGCGAGAAGUUGAAGGAAAAAUGGUCCGAGCUAAGCGAUCAAACGUCGGAUUGGGGCAAAGUGGUGGCCGGAGCUGCACAACGGUUGCAAGAGCUCGAGCGAGCGCUGGCUGAGUGCCAAUUGCAUUUGAGCUCGGUUGAGCAAGAGCUUGAGCAAGCGCGUGCUGUCGAGAAUCUCCGAUUGGAGGAGCUGAAAAACGCGCGGGUUGAUGUGGAUGCGAUGAGCGAUCGGGUUGAUCAAUUGCGAGUGCAUUUGGACGAUGCGAACGACGCUUGUGGAAGGAUUUUAGCCGCCGAUAUGCCACUCGACACACAUCCCAAAAAUCAGCUCGACGCCGUCAAUCAGAGAUUCACAGCCGUCAAGACGUCCGUACGGGUGCGUGCGGCUGCUCUCCGAAACGCUUUCAACGAUUUCGGCCCCUCGUCCGAGCAUUUUCUCAAUCAUUCCGUCACUUUGCCAUGGCAGAGAGCGAUCAGCAAAACCAAUCAUUUACCGUAUUAUAUUGACCACAACACCGAGCACACCCAAUGGGAGCACCCGGUUUGGGUGGAAAUGGCCAAAGAGCUGAACUCGUUCAAUCGCGUCAAAUUCAUCGCCUAUCGAUGCGCGAUGAAGCUACGAGCCCUUCAGAAACGACUCUGCCUCGAUCUCAUCUCGUUGCCAAUGCUCGAAAAGGCAUUCGCGCGUCUCGAUGGCCUCUCCAAUGAGGAGUGCCCUCAAUUGGAUGAAAUGGUUUCCUCUCUUCUUCCCCUUUUUGAAUCCCUUCAUCAACUCCAUCCAACGCUCGUCAAAUCCGUGGCUUUAGCCGUUGAUCUGUGCAUCAAUUUCCUACUCAAUUUGUACGAUUCCUCUCGUGACGGCAUUCUCCGGGUUCUCUCCUUCAAAGUGGCGCUCAUCGUCUUCUGCAAUGCGCCUUUAGAGGAGAAAUAUCGCGCCCUCUUCGAGCUGGUCGCCCAGGAGGGACAAGCCGAUCAGAAACACGUCGCUUUGUUGUUCUAUGAUCUCAUUCAUAUUCCCCGCUUGGUGGGUGAGGCGGCGGCGUUUGGCGGCUCAAACGUGGAACCAUCCGUUCGCUCGUGUUUCGAAUCCGUCAAAUUGGCAUCACAUAUUCAGUUCACCCCAUUCAUGGAUUGGUUGAAGAAAGAGCCACAAUCGCUUGUUUGGCUGCCCGUCAUGCAUCGUUUAGCCACCGCUGAGUUCUCGAAGCAUCAGGCGAAAUGUAACGUUUGCAAAAUGUUCCCAAUCGUCGGCCUUCGCUAUCGUUGUCUUCAUUGCUUUAACUUUGACAUUUGUCAAAAUUGUUUCUUCUCUCAAAGGACGAGUAAAAAUCAUAAAUUACGACACCCAAUGCAAGAGUAUUCAAUUCCAACAACUUCUGGUGAGGAUGUUCGCGAUUUCGCACAGAUGCUCCGCAACAAGUUGGGACGAAGACGAAAAACGAUUGGCUACUUGCCGGUUGAUGUCGGUGACGAGGGUCGCCCGUUGGCGAUGACCGCACCAGCAGCGCACAAUCCGCACACGGUCGCCGUUCACUCACGAGUCGCCUCUUGUGCUCAACGAAUCGCUCAUCUCACACAGAACGAAGCAGCUGAGCCACGAGAGGAAAUGAUCAAGUCAGUGAGCGACGUGAAAAGCCCACUGCAAUUGAUCUCACAGGUUGAUCAAAUGCAAAAAGACGAGCUAGAUCAAAUGCUUCAACGAUUGCAACUAGAGAACGUCGAGUUAAAGCGAGAGUUGGAAAGGAAAAGACACGCCGCACAGAGUACACCCGAUUUGGAUAGAACCGGCUACGGUGGAACGAUGCCUCGACAUCGGGAAAACGCGGCUCGUGGUGGAACGCUGCCCCGUUUAGGGGCACAUGGAGGUGCUGGCGGAGGAGGAGGACAUGGACACGGACGAUCCGUCCCAUCACUGCACACAGCCAAGAGCACCAAUGAUGUCGGGACCGGCGAAGAGGCUCGAGCUUUACGUAUGCACAAGCAACGCCUCGAGCAUCGAUCCCGCAUUCUCGAGCAACAGAAUCAACAAUUGGAGAUGCAAUUGCAACGCUUGAAGAAGAUGAUCGAACAACAACGCGAGUCCACCUCCCGUCUUCCAUCAAUGUCAGCCGAACGCGAUUGGCAACAAACCGGUGGACAUGGUCCGAUAUUGAACGGAGAUAAAGGAGAAUAUCAAGCCCCAAUGCACACAAAUGGAAAUGGCCUUCACCAUCCAGCCGUCUCAUCACAAGACUGGGAAAGUGACAUGGAGCAAACGGAUGUUCAAGGGCUAGGCCGAGGACCCGAUAGGAUGCACUCCCUUCUAGCAACCGUCGACGAUCUCGGAAGAGCCAUGGAAUCGCUCGUCGUUUCAGUCGUUUGCGACAGUGAUCACGAGCAG